ACGCUCUAAGUCAUUUCGACUUGUGCUUUGUGCUCUGUUAUUAGAACGCUUUCGCUAUCGAAUUAUCUAUUUUCUCAGUCAGUAUGGCUGUUUCUGCGGAACUGAAAGAAGAAGCGAAGAAUAAAGUAUUUGAGGGGACUCUCACGAAAUACUCGUUCAAGUCAGAAGCUCUCGGCGGACUCAAAGCGAACUUCAAUCUCUUCCUGCCGGCCAAUGCAUCAGCUUCCGCUAAAGUUCCUCUACUGACCUACCUAGCUGGUUUAACAUGCACAGAGGACAACGGCGCUCAGAAGGGUGGUUUUUUCAAAGAUGCUGCAAGCGAGGGAAUUGCGAUUCUCUUUCCUGAUACUUCUCCGCGUGGGGCAGGUGUCGAGGGAGAGGACGACGACUGGGACUUCGGUACAGGCGCAGGCUUCUACCUCGACGCAACCGCUACCAAAUACGCAAAGAACUACCGAAUGCUAACACACGUCACAAAGGAACUCCCCUCCGUUCUCGAAUCCUCCGGGAUCCCAAUCGAUCUCUCCCGCCAGUCCAUCUUCGGGCAUUCAAUGGGCGGACACGGAGCUUUGACGAUUUACCUCGCUUCUCCACCAGGUACAUACCGCUCCGCAAGCGCCUUCGCACCCAUCUCGAACCCGACGAAAUGUCCGUGGGGUGAGAAGGCGUUCAAGGGAUACCUUGCCGGUGGACUUGAAGAAGCUAGUAAACGCUAUGAUGCGACGGAGCUUAUUCGUGGGGUUAAGGAACCUGUGCAUAUCUUGAUCGACUAUGGAACGGGCGAUAACUUUUACAAGCAGGGUCAACUGCUUCCGGAGAACUUCCUCAAAGCUGCAAGAGAAGCUGGACACGACGAGGUCGAAAUUCGCGUACGCAGUCAGGAAGACUAUGAUCAUAGUUAUUACUUCAUUUCGACAUUCGCGCCAGAUCACGUCCAUUUCCAUGCCAACUUCCUCAAAGCUUAAAUUCCGACUCGGGGGACUAGUGGCAGAUUCAGUACAUGAUCAUAAAGAGCACAUUACAGUGGCAGUAGCAGAGAAAUGU